GGGGACAUGGGGACACCCUGGGGACGGGCCACCCAUGGGGAUGGGACACCGUGGUCCUGGGUCACCCCGGUGACAGGGCACCCCAGGGAUCGGCCACCCUGGUGACGUGGGGGUGACAUGGGCACCCUGGUGAUGGGACACGCUGGUGAUGGGUCAUGCUGGUGAUGUGGCACCUUGGUGACAUGGGACCCUCGUGCCAUGGCCACCCUGGUGAUGGGACACCCUGAUGGCAGGACCAUCAUGGGGACCUUGGUGCCAUGGGGCAUGGAGGUGCCAUGGCCACCCUGGUGAUGGGCCACCGUGGUGAUGUGGCACUUGGUGACAUGGGACCCUCAUGCCAUGGCUGCCCUGGUGAUGGGGGACCUUGGUGACAUGGCCACCAUGGGGACAGGCCACCCUGGUGAUGGGACACCCUGAUGGCAGGACCAUCAUGGGGAUGGGCCACCUUGGUGACAUGGGACCCUGGUGAUGGGGGACCCUGGUGCCAUGGCCACCCUGGUGAUGGGACACCUUGGUGACAUGGGACCCUCGUGCCAUGGCCACCAUGGGGAUGGGCCACCCUGGUGAUGGGCCACCCUGAUGGCAGGACCAUCAUGGGGACCUUGGUGCCAUGGGGCAUGGAGGUGACAUGGCCACCCUGGUGAUGGGCCACCGUGGUGAUGUGGCACUUGGUGACAUGGGACCCUCAUGCCAUGGCUGCCCUGGUGAUGGGGGACCCUGGUGACAUGGCCACCAUGGGGGUGCCAUGACCACCAAGGGGACAGGCCACCCUGGUGAUGGGCCACCCUGAUGGCAGGACCAUCAUGGGGAUGGGCCACCUUGGUGCCAUGGGACCCUGGUGACAUGGCCACCAUGGGGAUGUGACACCCUGGUGAUGGGACACCUUGGUGACAUGGGACCCUCGUGUCACAGCCACCAUGGGGGUGCCAUGGCCACCAUGGGGAUGGGCCACCCUGGUGCCAUGGGACCCUGGUGCCAUGGCUGCCCUGGUGAUGGGACACCCUGGUGAUGGGACACCCUGAUGGCAGGACCGUCAUGGGGAUGGGCCACCUUGGUGACGUGGGACCCUGGUGAUGGGGGACCCUGGUGAUGGGCCACCUUGGUGACGUGGGACCCUCGUGUCACAGCCACCAUGGGGGUGCCAUGGCCACCAAGGGGAUGGGCCACCCUGGUGCCAUGGGACCCUGGUGCCACGUGUCAUGUCCCCCCCCCCCCGCAGGUGACACGGUGUCCCCCCCCGCCAUGCUGCUGUCCCUCUGCACGCUGCUGCUGGCCCCCACCCGGCUGCUGCUGGCCCUGCGGCGCCUGCUGGCCCGGCUGGGGGUGACGGUGGCCGCAGCGGCGGCCGGGGUGGCCUACGGGCUGUGGGGGCUGGGGGUGCUGCUGCGUCGGGGACCCCGCGGCACCUUUGGGUGGCGGGUGAGGGACCGGCCCCCCCCCGGUUUGGCCGACGGCACCUUUGGGGAGCACCGGUACCUGCGCCUGCAGGACUCGGGGCUGCGGCUCCACUACGUCACCCGGGGUCCCACCACGGCCCCGUUGAUGCUGCUCCUCCACGGAUUCCCCCAAAACUGGUUCUGCUGGAGGCAUCUCCUGCAGGAGUUCAGCACCCGCUACCGGGUGGUGGCCUUGGACCUUCGGGGUUACGGAGCUUCUGAGAAGCCACCAGGGAAGGACAGCUACAGGCUGGAGGUCCUCCUGGAGGACAUCCGCCAGGUCAUCGAGAUCUUGGGGACGCCCAACGGGCAGGGUGAGGUGACAUCGGCCACCGACGCCACCGCGGCAUCCCCCAAGUGUAUCUUGGUGGGACAUGACUGGGGUGGACUUCUCGCCUGGGAGUUGGCCGCCAGCCAUCCAGCCUUGGUGGAGAAGUUGGUCAUCAUGGAUGCUCCUCACCGGGCCAUCAUGACGGGUUUCACCGCCUGCCACCCCUCCCAGCUCCUCCGCUCCAGCUACGUCUUCCUCUUCCAGCUGCCCUGGCUGCCCGAGCUCCUCCUCUCCUUGGCGGACUUUGAGCUGGUGAAGACCAUCCUGACGGGACCUUGGACGGGGAUCCAGAAUCCGGCGCAGCGGUUGACGGAGCAGGAGGUGGACGCCUACCUCUACAGCCUCUCCCAACCGGGGGGCCUCACCCCCCCCAUCCACUACUACCGCAACCUCUUCCGGGACACCCCGAUUCCCCGCGAGCCCCCCCCGCCCCCCACCCUGCUGCUGUGGGGCACCCAUGACGCCUUCCUGGACGCCCGCCUGGCGCCCUGCCUGCGCUGCUGCCUGCGCCCCUCUGCCCGCCUCUGCCUGCUGCCUGGCGCCAGCCAUUGGCUGCCCGAGGAGCAGCCCCACCCCCUCGCCCAGCUGAUUGGUGACUUCCUGGAUGGGGGUGACCAGCACCCCUAGGGGCACCCAUGGGUGCUCCCCUACCUUUGGGGGAAAGAAGGUGGGA